UCUUGCCACGGAACCGUGUGGGGUUAUCGCGUCUUCGCACAAAAACUUUCUUACGUCAAAUCAAUGGAUAUAACCUAACUCACCGCGAGUUUCGCAGACCAAGGACCGAAAUGUGACCCGUUCAUUGCUCAAGGCUCAGAACAGUUUUAAUCGAUGAGCCCGUAAACCCGUGUUUAAUAGUUUAGAAGUGUGCCAGUGAUGUGAAUUUUUUUUUGUGGUUGUGUAUCGUGCGAUUUAAGGAAAUAUGAGUAUUCAAAAGUGUUUUCUGGAUAACUCCAGCCGGAUGAUCAAAGCCAUGUCGACGGCUAAGUCAAACAACACUGAGACAAAGACGAAAACAACAAGAAGCUGGAUAGAGAGCACAUUUCAGAAGCGAGAGUGUAAAUGCUUCGUUCCCAGCGCUAAGGAUGAGCAUGUGUGCUGGUGCGGCCUUAGCAGAACAGCUCAUGGCGCCAACAUCGUCACCGCUAACCCUGGAGAGGCGUGGGUACCAGCUCGGCACACGCAAGCCGGCCCUACAGACGCUUACGGGACAGUCGAGUUUCAGGGCGGGCCACAUCCAACUAAAGCCCAGUACGUGCGGCUAUCUCACGACACCAGGCCUGAGUUAAUAGUCCAACUUUUGACCAGAGAGUGGGCUCUGGACAGGCCAAAACUCCUCAUCACUAUACAAGGAGGCAAAGCAAACUUCGAUCUACAGCCCAAACUCAAGAAAGUGCUCAGAAAAGGUCUGCUCAAAGCCGCUAAAACAACCGGGGCGUGGAUAUUCACCGGCGGCACUAAUACGGGUGUGACCCGUCAAGUUGGAGACGCGUUGCAGUUGGAGAGAUCCCAGCGGGCAGGUCGCGUGGUCAGCAUCGGAAUAGCGCCGUGGGGUAUCGUCGAGGGGGCCAACGAGCUCAUCGGGAAAGGGCGAGAUGUGCCUUACCACGCUAUCGCUUCUCCCAGAUCAAAACUGGCGGUGCUGAACAACAGACACGCAUACUUCUUGCUCGUAGACAACGGGUCUGUCGGCAGGUACGGAGCCGAGAUCGUGUUGAGGAGGAAACUGGAGAAAUACAUUGCCGCCCAAAAACUACAUCCCUACACGCAUUCGUCGACGCCCGUCGUGUGUCUGGUCAUCGAAGGUGGAACGAACACAGUGAGAGCGGUUCUGGAGUACGUAACUGAUAACCCUCCGGUGCCGGUGGUGGUCUGCGAUGGAAGCGGUCGGGCAGCGGACCUCAUCGCUUUUGUUCAUAAGUACGCAUCGGAAACCGGCGAACAAACAGUACUGGAGUCAAUGCGAGAUUACCUGAUAGGCACCAUACAGAAGACCUUCGAAGUCGGACUGCAGCAAGCAGAGUGUUUGUACACGGAACUAUUGCAGUGCACGAGGAAGAAGAAUUUGAUAACGGUCUUCAGGAUUCAAGAGCGCGCAGAAGGUGGAGAGGUCCAAGAGCUUGAUCAGGUCAUACUGACGGCGCUUUUCCGGGCUCAGCAUCUAACUCCGAGCGAACAGUUGUCUUUAGCCCUCACUUGGAACCGGGUCGACAUCGCCAGAUCCGAGAUCUUCGUUUAUGGACAGGAAUGGCCUCCAGGCGCCCUAGACGAAGCCAUGAUGCAAGCACUGGAGCACGAUAGGAUUGACUUCGUUAAGCUUCUCCUCGAGAACGGCGUGUCCAUGAGGAAAUUCCUCACGAUUCCUAGACUUGAAGAACUUUACAACACGAAGAGCGGGCCUAGUAACACCUUGAGGUACAUCUUAAGGGACGUGAGGCCUCAUCUGCCCAAAGGCUACGUGUACACGCUUCAUGACAUCGGUUUGGUGAUCAACAAACUCAUUGGAGGUGCUUAUAGGUGCUACUACACACGUCGGAAGUUUCGACCGAUCUACGCAAAGGUGAUGAACAAAAGCGUCAAUGUACAUCGCAACAGUGCGUCCUUCACCAGGCACAACGCUGGAGGCCUGUCGCUCAUCACCGGCUUCAUGCCGGUCACCAGUGAAAUGGCGCUUUUCGAUUAUCCUUUCAACGAGCUUUUGAUGUGGGCAGUCUUAACGAAGAGACAUCAAAUGGCACUCCUCAUGUGGACACAUGGCGAGGAGUCGCUUGCGAAAUCACUAAUAGCAUGCAAGCUGUACAAGGCCAUGGCCCACGAGGCAGCCGAGGAUGAUAUGGAGACUGAAGUUUACGAAGAGCUAAGGCACUACGGAAAAGAAUUUGAGAAUAAGGCUUUGGAGCUUCUAGAUUACUGCUACCGCCAAGAUGAUGAUCAGGCCCAGCAACUCCUCACGUGCGAGCUCCAGAACUGGUCCGGUCAGACCUGUCUCAGUUUAGCCGUGACCGCGAACCAUCGUGCGCUACUCGCUCAUCCGUGCUCACAAAUAAUCUUAGCCGACUUAUGGAUGGGUGGACUUAGAACGAGAAAGAACACCAAUCUCAAGGUAAUUCUGAGCCUGCUGUGUCCGCUGUACAUUCUGAGAUUGGAGUUCAAGUCCAAAGAGGAACUUCAGCUGAUGCCGCAGACGGAAGAAGAGCAUCUAGAGAACGAGAGCAUCGAGGAUGAUAGGAGCACCAAGGAUCCGACAGAUGCCGAGGUGGGAGUUGUCAAACGGCGUACCCUUUCUAUCAAGAAGAUCAUGCCACCGGGAGAGCAAAACAUAACUAAGGCGUUGAUUGGCUCAGGGGAAUGCGAGACCCGGGUCGAUCAGAACGGGAAAGUUGGUAAAGUAGGAUGGGAACCAUCGUACAGAGAGCUGCCAGAGUACCACCCAUCUGAAAUUAAACGUAUGAGGCCCCUGCGACUGAGGAAGAAGAUCUAUGAGUUCUUUACGGCACCGAUCACUAAAUUUUGGGCCGAUUCGAUAGCCUACAUAUUGUUCCUGUUGAUGUUUACAUACACAGUAUUAGUCAAGAUGAAUCCUACACCUUCUUGGCCGGAAAUAUAUUCUAUAUGUUAUAUAUUAACUUUCUUAUGCGAGAAGAUUAGAGAAAUCGUAACAUCCGAGCCUGUUGCCAUUAGACAUAAGUUCAGUGUGUGGGCAUGGAACAUGUGGAACACGUAUGACGCUGGUUUUAUAAUAUUCUUCUUAGUGGGAUUGACGCUGAGACUCAGAGAGAUCUCAAGAGACGUAGGGAGAGUGAUAUACUGCGUCGAUAUUAUAUAUUGGUACCUAAGGAUCUUGAAUAUAUUGGGUGUCAAUAAGUACUUAGGUCCCCUAGUCACAAUGAUGGGUAAAAUGGUAAAGAACAUGAUAUACUUCGUGGUGCUAUUGCUAGUGGUAUUAAUGUCUUUCGGUGUUGCCAGACAAGCUAUACUCCACCCAGACAAGGACGCUAGUUGGCAUCUAAUCAGAGAGGUAUUCUACCAACCGUACUUCAUGUUGUACGGUGAAGUAUUCGCUGGCGACAUAGAUCCUCCUUGCGGGAAGGAGAUCGGCGACCGGAAAUGCGUCACCGGAAGAUGGAUCACGCCCAUCGCCAUGACAGUGUACCUGCUCAUCGCCAAUAUAUUACUGAUCAAUCUCCUAAUUGCCGUUUUUAAUAAUAUAUUCAACGAAGUCAAUGAAGUCUCGCAUCAGGUGUGGAUGUUCCAAAGGUUCACAGUGGUCAUGGAGUAUGAACAGAAGCCAGUUCUGCCGCCACCUCUGAUCAUCUUCUGCCACAUCUACGCCGUUGGCAAGUGGGUGACCAGAAACGUCUCGCACAAGAGAUUCCAAUACGACAACGGACUGAAGCUGUUCUUGGAGAAAGAAGACAUGGAGAGGCUUUAUGACUUCGAAGAGGAAUGCGUGGAGGGAUACUUUAGGGAACAAGAAAUAAAAUUAUCGAAUUCAAUAGAGGAGAGAGUUAGGAAUACAACAGAUAGGGUAGAACAUAUAACGACCAAAAUGGAAGACUUGAAUCAAAAGGCAAAUUGCCAAAUACAAUCGAUGCAGAGCGUUGAGUUUAGGUUAAGAAAGCUCGAAGAUAUAGCGGAGCAGACGAUGAGCCACCUGGCGGUGAUACACAGGUUCAUGGCGACUCAUCCUUCGCUGGUCAACCGGGGGUCCACAGACACUCUCGGACCGCCGCCCCCAAGCUUCCAGGCCGGGGGGAAUAGACUUAGAACUGCCAGUGAUCGCUCCGAGGUACUAUCAGACAGCGACACUGGUGCUCGCUUCGCCGUGCGCCCGGUACAAGAGGAGGACGAACAACCCUCCUGCCACUCUGACGACGAGCUGCCGCAGUCGGGAACAGAGGCUAUAUGUGGAGAAGCCAAGGAGCCGGAAGCCGACUCGAUAUCCACUUCGUCCGGAGGGAGCGCAGCCGGUCCUGACGUCACGGUGGUACGACAGCAACCAGCCAUAAUGCCGGCCAGACAACGAUCAUCGGAUAGCAACAGAACCGAACCCAGUGAUGAGAAGAAAGUGGCAUCAUCGACAGACGACGCUUUCCUCCCAGAAGUCCGCGAAAUGCCUACAGACCUGCACAGCUUGAGACCUCGGACCACAUCGGGCGGGACAAGACGUACAGCUAACACCAGAAGGCGCUCCGAAGGGGGCAACGACUGCGGCAUGGGCCCCUACUCCUCACAACACCUGGCUCCAAGGAGACAGCACAGUCAAACGCAUUCUGAACCCGACAACUCUGCAGUAGACGCUGGCUCUGUGCACAAUUCCGUAACAGGUCCUCAAUCGGGGUGGGAGGGUGCGGGGACCACGGGGGCCGCGGGGGGGACAGGGAGGGCUCGCGUGGGGGGCGCGCCCCGCUCCCUGCUGCUCGCCAUGCACGAGUACACGAGCAUCACGGACGAACUGGAAACUGUCUAUGGACUCUUCUCACCGCCGCACACGCCGAGAACACCGAUAACUUCACGUCUGCUGUCCCCCGCCCGCGCGGCCUCCCCCUCCGUCCGUCGACGUCACGCCAGCGAGAUGUCCAACCCCGAGUUCGCACUCUUCAUGGAGAAGGAACACCUUCGAGGAGCCGAAGAAGACGACUACAUCAUCAUGGAGAACCUGAUCCAACGGCGCCUAGAAAUGGGGUCUGUACUGGACAGAUACGAGGAGGAGGAGGGCGGGGAGGGGGCGGCCGCGGGGGGAGCGAUCAGCAUCAGCGUCUGCGUCAACACCAGCGAGGAGCAACCACAGAGCUCGAGUCUCCUCACCGUGACAGACAGACGUCUACCGCAUCAGAGGCACUCGCUAAGGAGAUCUUCAGCUGUCGACAGCCGGGAGCUUCCGUCGCCCCUGCAGCCUCUGCUCGGAGAUGAUGCUUGUUGCGAAGUCUUACUGCCGGUUCCGAGACAGCCUUCGGGAGAUACGAAUGCAUCUAGCGACCUCUCGCUCUCACACAUGGUGAGCGAGAAUCUCCCGCCGCGGCCCUCCAUAGUGCUCGACUCGUCUCAGCUCCCGCGUCAAAGGUCCGCGGAGCAACAGCAGCCGCAGCCUCCGGGACCGUCCAGACCCGAGACAAUGUGCUAAGUCUACCAGUUCACGGCGUAAACAAACUUGAGAUAAAUAUGUAAAUGUAAGUGACCUAAAAGAAGAACGUACAGACAGACGGUGUUGGAGAGGACGCAUUAGUAUUAUAGUGAACAUAACACCAAAUAUUAUUUGUAAAUUUGUAACGUCUCCGCACGUUUUAUCUAUCGAAAUCUUUAUAUAACUUUUUCUAUUGGAAAUAUUUGAGUCCAUUCUUUGAUGCGUCUGCAGCAUUAAAUACGGUUGGGAUUUAUUACAAAAAAAUCGCGAAGUUGGUUCAUUGGAUGGCGGAAGUGAUGUUUUAGAUCGACUCGUUUGGCAAUGAGAGCCAUAAAUAUUUUUUACAAGACUACAUUGAGUGUACCUACUAAUCUUUUUAUCAAUUAUUUGGCACAUCAAAUUAUUUUGUUCAAACAAGAAUACUGGUAGAUGAUGUGAUUUAAGCUGUUGUUAUAGUUUAGGUGAAUAUGCAGUAAGCGUUUUAAAACGUCUAAUAAAAUGAAAUUAUCGUAAAUACAAAUCGCGCGAUAAAGUAUACAAAAAUUUUGUUAAAUCAAUAAUACGCUCUUUUUUUUUAUUAAUAGACGCGCGUGUUUUUUUUGUGUAUUUUUUUUUAAUUGGAACCUCAAAUGAUUAUUUUUUAUUUACCAUCAAAAACAUUUAUUGGCUGUUUAGCUAGAUUUGGAAAGACAAUAAAUUAAAAAUCAAUACUACACAAUAUACGAGCACUAUGAUUGUAAGAUUGAUGAGUCUAAUUGUGAGUUGGUGUAUGUUACUAGUUAAAUAAAUUUCGCUUCAACGAAUGGACUCAAAAUUGUACCCAAAAUCUUAUUCUGAGUGAUGCCCAAAUAGACUGAUUUGAACACAAUUCUAAAUCUUAUCAUAUCGACUGUAGAACAGUACUGUUUUGCUCUAUACAUAUGUAUAUUUUAUGUUUCUUUAAAUUUUGACCUAUAAAUAUUAUCUAAUUCAAUUAUCAUUGGCAGUGACGGAUUUAGGCUUGAUCGCGCCCUAGGCCCUGUUUAUCAAACCGCCCUUAAAGUUCGAAUAAACUUCAGUAAUUUAGAUCCAAAAUUUUUUUAUUUUAAAUUUAAAAUAAUGAUAGUAAUUUUUUUAAUUAUCGGAAUUAAUUUUCAAAGGAGACUGUCUUUAUUGCUUUUCAUCUAUGAAAUUUUGGCAUUUAAAAAUACCCUCUAAUCUGCCGCCGCCCUAGACCCGGGCCUCACGAGCCUAGGCGUAAAUCCGCCACUGAACAUUGGUUUGACUUUUAGAAGUGAGAAUGGAUAACCAAUAUGGGGUAGGUAGCGAAAGAUUCACUUGAAUUAUUCUCAUUUAAAUUCCUUGAUUUUCGCUGUAAAAACGGUAAGUAUUUGGAAAACCUUUGGCUUCAACUUUUCCUGCUUUCUUACUUGUACAAUCUCACUUCAGGAUCUUAAAAGUUAGUAAAUGGGAAGGUGAAAUCUUGCGAAAAUGCUUUUUUAACUUGUAAUACAAUUUUUGGAUAUUUUCCAUCAUGGUAGAAAAAAAGUACAUUAUUUGAAACUUCCGUCACGGGUUUCAUUCCGUUACAAAAAAUCCCAUUUCAGAAGAUUUUAAGCUUAACUCUUUUGAUCUAAUCGCGAUAAUAAUUUACAAAAAAAAGCAUAUAUGUAUGUAUAGCAUGUUAGUACAUUUAAAUGAUUAAGAAAAUCGACAAUACAUUCAUUAGUGCUCAGUCUGUAAAUAAUGUUUUCAAUAAUAUAAACGGUAUGAUAAUAAAAUGAACUGAGUUUUAAAUGUUUAAGGUAAAUAGAUUUUAUCAAGAUAGGAGUACAUACAGACCCUUUUAAAAGGAAUUUGUCCUGCCUGCGGAGUGAAAUUAUUCUUUGCUAAAAACCUUUUUUAAGAAAUACGUCGAGUACAUGCGUUUUUUUUACUCUCAGAAUAAUGAAAUUAACAUAUCAAAAAUAUUUUAUCUUCCCUUAAUGAUUUAAUCAUUGAAAAAUCGUUUUAACAUAGAUUUUAGUUUCAGAAUUUAGACUAUAAAGUGUUUUAUAAUUUACGGAAUGAUAAUGAAAUUUUAAAUAUUUUUACCGAUCUAUUUAUUCAUCAUUUAUUAAUAUUCAAAGGCAACGUCAUCACAAUGUGUUCAAUUAUACCAAAUAUUUUGUGCAAAAUUUACCAUUUAUUAAAUUUUCAGUACAAUCGAAGCUAAUUCAUGUAUAUAGUUGUAAUGAAUUAAAGAAAACCGAAAUAUGUAGAAAUGAAAAUAAUAUGUAUAUUAGAUGAUUUUCUAACUCUAAUAAACCUAUUGUGCUUAAGAAUUGAUGUAAUAAUAAAGAUAUUCAAUAAUUUAUUUAACGUAGGCAUAGACGCAGGUUUUUAUCAAAUUGCAAGGAACCAAAAAAAUCUAUCGUACAUUCAAGUACUUGACAGAAGUUAGCCAUUUUGACAUGAGAAGAUAUAAUUUCAAAGUUAAUAAUAUUUAAAAUCCUAAUUCAGCCUUGAAUAGUAUGAAUAUUUUACGAUUAAUUUCAGUAAUGUAAGUUUACAUAGAUGAUAUUAGUUUUAUAGCCAUCGUCAUUCCGUCACGUCCAAAUUUGUCAAGGUUCAUAACAAGCAAGAUAUCAAUCUUUUACAAAGCUAUAGAUUGAUGCAAAUGCCGUUGAACCUGCCCACUUAAUUGUACUUAAUAAAGUAAUAUAAAACCUAGUAUUUUUUAAUUAUUUGUCUGUAACCAUUUAGCGAAAUUCUUUGUUGAAUUUAAAUAUAAAUUAAAACAAUAGUUACCAGUAUUUUAAUGUAUGAGGUUUUGAUAUUUUUUCAAAACUAUUUUAAGGGUUUAUUAAUACAC